AUGGUUUCCGCCCCCUCCAGUCGGCAGCAUGCCGAGGAGGAGGCGCGCGCCGAAGUCGACGUCCUCAAGUCGCAUCUCGACAAGAGGGCUCAGCUGACCAAGAAGAUCGAGGCCCAGCUCUCCCGCGUGCAAGGCACGGGCAAGCGCCUGAACGAGGCCGUCGGCCCUCUCAACGGGGAGACAAAGCAGCUGCAGGUCUUCUGCAAUAACAUCGACGGCGUACUCUCAGCCAUCGGCCGGCUGCGCCAGCAGUCCGACAGCAAGAAUGACGAGGAGCAGAUCAUCCGCAUGGGCCCCGAGAAGGCCGGCCUCUCCAGCUACCUCAGCUCGCUCAAGCGUUUGAACAAGGCCCUAGCCGACAUGAAAGCCUCGAACCUACGUUCCACACAGCAGACGACGUCAGACCUACAGCGGUUGAUCAAGUCCGGGAAUACGCAACUCGAGGCUUACUUCGACAAGAUGCUGCGAAGCGAGACACCACGAUCCAUCGAGCCACUACACUACAUCACCAAGCAGCAGCCCUUCCCCGUGCUGUCCCAGGACAAGAACACGAGACUGGGCCUGCUGAACUCGUACAUUGCCGGCGCUCACCGGGAGAGUGGCGUCAUGCAGGAGUCUCCAUCUGCUAAGAUCUAUGCCGAGGUCCGCGGACAGUACCUGACGGCAACGCUGCUGAACCUCGCGUCGGCAAGUGUGAAUACCGCCAAGAGGAAAGACUCGUCGUCAAACUACCGCGCUGGAACAAGUGGCAUCGGCACGUAUGCGCAAGCAAUGGAAGGCUUGUUCUUAGCUGAGUAUGAGAUAAUAUGUCGCAUCUUUACAAGAGAGGACUGGGGCCCAGUGUUUCAAUCGACCUGCCAGGCGCCCCUUGCCGAACUCGCCCGGACCUUGCGAGAGUUGAACAUCCACAUCAGAAGCCAUCUCAACACUGAUUGCUUCCUGGCAUACGAAAUAGUGGAGGUCAUGUCGAGCCUUUCGAACAAUCUGGAGUCAACAACAGGAGAGCUGAAGCCGUCGCUCGCAGCAGCGCUCAAGCCCGUCAAGGAGACGGCCAAGUCGUCACUGGCUGAACUGCUGGAUGCCUUGCAGAUGAAAAUCAACAGCCUGCAGAUGCUGCCCGCAGACGGGGCUCCCGUGCCCGUUGUGUCGGACACGAUGCAAAGAUUACAAACUAUGGCCAAUUUCCUGCGACCCAUGUCCAUUAUCAUGGUAUCGUUAGGCGACGGGGGUUGGAAGUCAUCUUCGGCGGCAGCAAGGAAUGCUGGGGACAGCGUACCCAACCUGGCGUCUUUCGAUGUCAGCGCGGACGGAAAGGAGAUCUUCGCUAACUAUUGCGCGGACACCAUUGAGACACUUUUCUCAUCGUUGGAUGCGCGCGCCAGAACCCUUUUCGGGAGGAAACCAGUGGUGGGAGUCUUCAUGGCCAACAAUAUUGUCAUUGUCGAGCGCAUGAUUCGAGACUCUGAACUUGGGCCUAUGCUGCAGCAGAAGCUUCCGGGCGUCAUUGACACCUGGCGAAAGAAGGCGAACGCGACGUACACGGACGUAUGCAAAGACGUAUCGGUGCAUCUCCUGGACGUGAUCCAUACCUCUCGAGCGAACCGGCCCACGUCUGGACAGGGUAUUGUGGAUUCUGCGUCGAUCAUGAAGGGGCUCUCGUCCAAAGACCGGGAAAAGAUCAAGGACAAGUUCCAAGCGUUCAAUGCCAGCUUUGACGACAUGGUCGCGAAGCAUAAGCAGUACAGCAUGGAGCCUGAGGUCCGCCGAAUGUUCGCAAAAGCGGUCCAGCAAACUGUUGAACCGCUGUACAACCGAUUUUGGGAUCGAUACCACGAGGUCGACAAGGGCAAGGGCAAAUACGUCAAGUUUGACAAGUCGAGCAUUGCGGCAGUUUUCCACACCCUCUAUUAG